CUCUCUUCUAUUUACAAGUUGCUUCACUUUGGAGUGGUUUCACUCUGGCAGCUCAGAGACAGUGUGGUGGGAGCAUGUGUGUGAGUGUGUGUGAGUGUGUAAGAGAGUGUGUGUACGGUGGCCAAGCUUGAUCUGUGAGGUGUUUUUUACGGCAUGCCAUUGGGAGGCUUCAAAGGAAAUUCCUGUCUGUCCCCGAUCAUCCCUGGAUGCCUGAAGAAGAAGAAGAAGAGAAGAAGAAGAAGAGCGGUACUAGGAGGCGGCCCAAAACAGAGUUGAGUGGUGGCUACAUCACAGAGCCAUGGACACACACCUGCACAACACAGCCAUGCUGAAAAGACUGUCACUGGACAGCAGCCUGACGGAGUCCAUGGAUGCCAACAGAUGCAUUGAGGAGCUGCUGAAGCAACUGGAGGAGGAGCGAGGGAUCGUCAGACGGGAGAAGCUGGCAGUGGCUUGUCUGCAAAGGGAAGUUGAACGAACCAAAAGUGAAGGAACAAUGCGUGAGAAACUAGUUCACCAGCUGGAGGAGGAGCGGCGCCUGCGAUUGGACAGCGAGAGGCGUCUGCGUGAGGUCACCGAGGAGUCAGAGCUGGGGCGCACGCAGAUGACAUCACUGCAGCAACACUUCUCCAGGAUGGAGGAUACAGUACGAACGCUGUUGCAAAACCAAGGUGUCUUGGAGUCAUCAGCGGUGGACACUGUGGACAUCAUGAAGGCUUAUAAGGACAAGCUCUCGAAGGAGGUGGAGAAGCUGGAGAGUUCCGAGGAGAAGCGGGCGUGUCAGGCGGAGCAGCAGCCAGCCGAGAGCAGCCAAUCGGAGGCCGAGAGAGACGAGGCGAGCCGUGAGACGAGGGACGAGACGAAAGAUGAGACGAAAGACGAGGCCCAGACGCUUCUGGAGAGACUCAAGACUCUGGAGGAGGAGAACUCAGCCCUGGCCAUGGAAAAUGAGAACCAAAGAGAACAGUAUGAACGCUGUCUAGAUGAGGUCGCCAACCAAGUGGUGCAGGCCCUCCUCACUCAGAAGGAUCUGCGCGAGGAGUGUUUGAAGCUGCGCACUCGAGUGUUUGACCUGGAGCAUCAGAACCGCACGCUGAGUGUUCUCUUCCAGCAGAAACUAAGGCCAGCUUCAGACCUGCUGCUACAGAAGCUCUACUCUCGGCUCAUGGAUCUCUCCAGUGGGGACCUGCUGCUGGACCCAGAGAGAACCAAACAUCUGCUGUUAACCAGGAACACAGACUCACCCCCUCAUGAGCUGAGCGGUAAGGGUUUCCUGGUGGGGAAGUGCUCGAGCCAGCUGAGCCUGACUGCGUCUGUGCAUGCACAUGCGUACGGCCGCAGCAGCUGCAGCAGCAGCGAGCUCUCGCUCUCCAGCGCCUGCAGCGAGUUCUCCAGCGGCUCUUACACCUGGAACGACAGCCGCUCCUGUGCCAAGCUGUCCUCGUUGACCUGGGAGAAGAGGUCAGGCCUCGGCUCCUCGGUGCCCGGCAACAUCUGCGCCCCUCUGGAGGAUCACUUCCCAGCUCGUCCCAAGGAGUGCCACAUCCUGGAAGGCCUCAGGAGGCUGCAGCGCCGCCGGUCCAAGGAGACCCCCUCCUCCUCCUCCCGGCGGCCCAAGUCGGCCUUCAAGGACUGCAUGAACUCCAACGAGGGCAUCUACUCCCUGGGGGUGAAGGCUGGCGGUCUGGGGGCCUCUAAGUCCGCUCCGAGUGGCGCUCCCGCUGCUCUGGUCGUGGGUGCAAAGAAGUUCGUCUACGACUCAGAUGAUGCGGACGACGAGUCGGCACACGUGGCUAGCGUCAGUGUCCGUCAGCGCCACAGCGUCCCAAGCAAGGACAGCGGCUGGCUGUGCUCGAAGAAGCUUUCGCACAGCGUGUCGGACAGCCUGUGCAGCUGGGAGGGAAUUCAGGAGAGCGUCAGCUCAACCCAGGAAGUCCCCAGUGAGCCUCCGCCACCCUACAGCGCACAGGAGCGUCCCGAAAAGCUCCUGAGUUUCAUCAACGGCUACCUGUUCAGCCGGAAGAGGUGUUCGGCACCCACUCCCACGACUCAAAUGCUCUAUGAGGUCAGCUCCAACGAGACCGACUGCGCUCUGCACCUCUCCGAAUCCGAUGACCCCGAUGAUGCUCGAAUUAAGGGCCAUUUGGAGCAGAUGUCUGUUGCCCGAUCCAAGGACCUGAAGCGGUUCUCCCGGGAUUCAGAUCAGAUGCACCGCGUCAGGAGAGAGCAGGUGAGAGCGCAGUCCGCCGACAGCCGGCCCAGACCUCUGAGUCUCGUGAAGGACCAGAAGAUUUCAAAGGGGGUCCAGUCAGAGGAAAGUAUCACAACCAUCUUCGACGCAGACGGCCAGCCAAUCAAACUCUGCGAGACGCGCACAUCCAGGCAGAAUGUGGUGCCAAACGAGGCCCCGACUAAAAUGGGACCCCCUGACUAUGCGGAACUCGUGGCACAGGAGAGACCCAGUCGACUGAGGGGAGGCAAUAACAGAAACUACAGCGUUCUGGAGUCACCAGAGAAGCCCGGAGAGACUCACCUCCGAGGGCAGCUGACCAGCAGAACCAGCAACAGCAGGGAAGGAAGUGCAGAGAGACUCCAGACCCAGCCCGGUAACCUCCAGCACAAGCUCAUCAAGCCCCCUUACAGCCGCACCAACAAGGGACACUCUGUGCCUCCGUUGAUUAACACUGCUAGCCCCAAGGGCACCAACACCAAGAUACCUGCAACACGUGGCAAAGGUUCCCCACUGAAGGUGUCCUUGGGUCCGGGAACAGAGCUGAGUGGUACCCCUGGGUCAACGUCUCAGGAAAAGUCUUCCUCUUCACCUCCAGUCAAGCUCUCCAGGUUUCUGAAAGCACCUAACAGUGGACAAAGCCCCAAGUCAGCUCCUCAAUCUGGCUCCAAGCUUCCGGGUAAGGGAGAGUGGGGUAGGAGUUCUUCAAGCUCGCCACACUUGUCCCGCAGGCACCUCACUCACAUGGACUAUGGCGAGCAGCCCACUCGAGACAGGCACUUUGAAAAAGCGAAAAGCGAACUCAGGUCUCCCUCCCCACCACCUCCCCCAGGCCGCACCACCUCCCUGCUCAUACGACCAAACUACGAGGCCUUGCCUCAAGCACUUAAACCAGGAGGCCCCCCUCCCCCUGCACCCAACACUGUGAGGGGCCCUCCACCCAGCUAUCAGCCCCCGUCUAUUCCCACAAUGCAGCACUCGUGCCCUCACAAGGAUGUGGACUCUCUAGAAGUGGACGCGGGGUAUGGUACAGUCAACCCGCAGAAAUUGGUUGACAAUGGCACCCACCACCUCCAGAAGUCUUCCUCCUCCAAUCAAACCCCCACCAAAGGGUUGCCAAAACGGGUCCACACCAAACUCUACCUCUCCUCCUCUUCUCCAGGCCACGUGCCGGACCAUCAGGACUCUGCGCCCAAAACUUCUCAAAAGGGCGCCGCCCCAUCUUUACACACCCCUCAGAAAGCGGCGUCGCAGCAGAGUACAAUCCAGACCAAGAAGGCUCCUCCGACCAAUGAGAAUGGAUACACACCAUCAAACAAGACUGCUGGCAACCUGCAGACUCCGGUGCAGUUUCCAGCCCAAGACUGUUCCGAACCCCGGUGCCCUCCUCAUGUGGCAUCACACCAGCGUAGCGCCCACAACUCUGCUGAGCAAGCCGCGAAGACUCGUAUUCCCGUCGGCCUCAAGGCCUUCGUGAAGUCCCCUGCGGCUCUGAAGAAGAGCUCGACCAUUCCUGGGAAGCAAGAGAAGGACCACAUCAACACGGUUUCCAAGGAGACCGCCUCCUCCGAGGGGUUGAGUCAGAGCGAGAACGCACCGCCGCCAUACCACCUUCACCUGCCACCCGUCAGAGGCAAUAUGGAGCCCAAAGAACUUCCUCUUCCUCAGCGCAACUCCGUAGAGGAAAGCACCCAGACCACGCCUCCAGGAGAAGGUGGUGGAAUGUUGGGGGACAAGGCCGACAGGGACAGCCGGCUGUUCAAGAGAUCCAUAUCCAUCACCACCAAACCUCACCUGAAGCCUGCUCUUGGCAUGAAUGGAGCGAAGGCUCGAAGCCAAAGCUUCAGCACUAAUUACAUGGAGAAACCCAACAUUAAUACCACUGUGAACGCAGAUGGUCCAGGAAAGGUUCGCACCCAAAUCAUCACCAACACGGUGGAGAAGAGGAACUCUUUGUCAAGGCAGAGCUCUUUCGUUGAGGGCACACAACUAAAAACAGGUACUGGCUUACCAGAGAGUGGAUCAUCACCUUCCGUCUCAAGGCCCACUCAGAUUGAAGGCAUUACUGGUUCAAGUAGCCAUCAUGGUCUCCCAGACAGGACCUCGAGAUUCAGCGCUAAAUUUGACAUUGCUGCUCCCUCCCCCCAGAAAGAGGCUCGGAGCUUGCCUCUCUCUGAUCGGCUGGGCCUAAAGAACUCUCGGCGGCCGGCAAAGGUAGCCUCCCACCCACAGUUUGAGUCCACCUCUUUCUCUGCUAGCAGCACGGAGGUGCUGCCACAGGGGAAAGGCUCGACAGUGGGCAAACAGGAAGUCAUGCCCAAAAAUCAGUCAACGCCCAAUCAGAGCAAUCCCGAUGAAGAAGAGACGGUGGCAAACCCAUUGGUGUGCUCCAUCGAGGAGAAGGUGAUGAUGGGUAUCAAGGAGAAUGUGCAGAAGAUCCAAGUUUUGGAGAGGUCCAAUUCCUCUGAGGCUAAGCAGAAAACCGGUUCCUCUCUGGCCAACUGGUUCGGGUUCCGGAAGAGCAAGCUCCCGGCACUAAACAGCAAGAAGGUGGACAGCCCGAAGGGGAAGGAGGACAAGAAGGAGCUGAAGAUCGGGUCGGUGCUUGGAGGUCGUCAGACAAAGUCUGACAAGAAGAAGGACAAGAAAAAAAACGAGACGCAGAGCAAGGAGAGCCAAGAGUUUGUCAUCUCGGACAACAGCAAUAAGAUGAACUCAAUCAUGGAUCAUUGUAAUAUUCAGAUGGGACACAUAACGAACCAGCUGCAGUCAUCCACCACCUACAUCGGCAAAGAUCAGUUUGUGAAGGAGCUUCUGGGCAGGACGGUGGCGAAGGGCGACUCCCACGCGGCGUCGGUGGCGGCCAUCUCGCUGGCCAGGAGGAGCGGGGAGAUGAAGGGGGAGGUAGAGAUCCACUCCGAUACGGCCAUCUUGGUGACCCAGAAGCUGACGUUACACGGGGAAAGGGAGGACGACCACGCCCCCGAACCUGUCUGUCAGGACCACAUGAUCGGCUCGUCUUGUCAGAUGCGGACCCUGGACAGCGGCAUCGGCACCUUCCCGCUCCCUGACCCCGUCAGUCGUCAGGGUGGCCGAAACCCCCCCAAACCCGAGCCUCCCGGCUCCCCGGAGAAGGACGAGGCCCCUGGCGCGCCUGCUCUGCCUGACUCACCUGUCUCCGUGUGCUAUCCCACAAUCCCCUGCUCCGCCACCAAAGUGCCUUCGUGUCUCUCAGAGCCCGGCCAGCAGAGGGCGGCGAACAGCACGGCUCACUCCCUGUCCGACCACUCCAUGCCUGCAGACCCCGCCAGGGAGAAGAAGGCAAGCCUUCUGCGCCAUCCCAGCACCUCAGAUGUAAUCAAGCCCAAGCGAUUCAGUCACAUCGAGUACCCUUCCAAACGGACAGAGAGACCCGUGAGCAGCAAUAAGCCAGUUGAGAGGAGGAAAAACGCUACGGACCAAAGCCUGCCACACGACAGAGCGCUGCGUGUGUGCACUUACUCGGGCAGCAGCAAUGACAGCGAGAGCGAGCCAGAGCUGGAGUGUCGGAGCGAGGCCAACACCCUGAGGUCUCCACAAAACACACAGCUCAACAAAACAAACAGCAUCAGCCAAGUCGGCCGAGUGGAGCAGUUGAAGAGGAGGAGUUUCUGCGGCGUGCGCUCUGCAGCCGAGUGCAACCAGCAGCAUCGAGGGCACAGCGGCGGUGGUGGAGCGCCAUGCAGGCCCCGCUCCCAGUACCUGCCGCGCACCGAGCACGCGCUAGACUACGGCCAGACCAGAGACAAUCACUGCAAAGGGAAGAUUCUGGAGCGGGUGUCAGCCAUUGGGGGCCCCCAACAGGGCUUCUCACGCAUCUCCCUGGAGUCCCUCAGCUGCCUGGGCGGCUCCGGGGGGCCCGACCGCCUGCACAGGAGCAUCUGCGGGGGCAUCGGCAACGCCGGCGUGGGGACGAGGGCCGACCCCCAGCACACCCCCGAGAGACAGGCCAGCAACAACCACAUCGUAUCCCGUAGCGACUCGAUCCUCUACGACGGCUUCACCUCCUGUGCCAGUCAAGGCUCCAACAUAGCCUAGAGGCUCUUGUCAACGGACCCCAACGGACCCCCCCCCCCCCCCCCCCCU